GCGGCGCGGGCCCGGGUUGAGGGAGGCGGGUCUCCCUCACACCGGGUCCGCCCGCGCUCUCGGACCAUGAGUUCCAGCUUGACUCCCAUCGCCGAGUCGCCCUCCGUCGCGAAAGACCCCGCGACACAGCCGGUUCGGGUCACAUGGGACCUGGCCCGGUCCGAGGACCGAGAGGCCGCCGCGCAGGCGACCCCCGGCCCCAGCGCCCCCCGGGGCCCCGAGUUGCGACGCGACAGGGUCGGCAGCCGCGCGGAGCGGGUCCUCGGGGUCCACCCGCAGCUGUGCUUCCUGCCGCCGCGGGCCUCGCAGCCUCUGGUGCUCGUCAGCGGCAUGAAUUCCAGUGAGGCAGCCGUGAGACGUUUCUUACCCAAGAACCACUUGUCCCGAGUGAUCAUCCGUGACAACCUGAGUGCCCAGCGCAUCUGUGAGAUGGAGAUGAGAGCAUCAGAGAAGACCAAGAGAAAGAGGAGCCACCUGCAUGACCACCUGAAGAAGAAGUUCAUGCUGGAACAGCUCCGGAAGCUGGAGCGCUGGAGGCGGGAGUCCAUGAGCAUCCGGCGGUACCUGUACAGCCUGCCGCCCGUGUACAAGUUCCAGUCCCACAAGAGAAGCCAGCCGCCCUAGCCAGGGCAGAGCCAUGUGCCCAGGGUCACCGUGAUGCCCGUCUGACGGGAGGAGACUGGGAAGAAGCCAGCCCAUGCCAGCGUGGAACAAUAAACUGAGACCAGCAGACAGCAGAGCACAAAAAAAAAAAAAAAAAAAAAAAACCACAAAACUGAGCAGCGCUACUGUUCCUUGCCCCAGCCGUCGCCCGUGUCCUGGAGAAGGUGAUGCUGACGGGCCAGUCCUUGGCCGAGGAAGAAAUUCAGCCUUCAGCACCCGUAUGUGUGUGUGCGCUGGCAGGCCAGGACAGGGACAUGGGGCUGGUGAUAGCUAAGAUGGGAGGGGCCUCAAAUACCGGGCAUUCCAGUGGUAAGGAGGUCAGGGUUGGGGCCGGCGUGUGGCUCACUUGGUUAAUCCUCCGCCUGCGGCGCCAGCACCCAGGGUUCUAGUCCCGGUUGCUCCUCUUCCAGUCCAGCUCUCUGCUGUGGCCCUGGCGGGCAGUGGAGGAUGGCCCAAGUGCUUGGGCCCUGCACCCGCAUAGGAGACCAGGAGGAAGCACCUGGCUCCUGGCUUCAGAUUGGCGUGGUGCCGACUAUAGCAGCCAUUUGGGGGGUGAACCAACAGAAGGAAGACCUUUCUCUCUGUCUCUCACUGUUUAACUCUGCCUGUCAA